CACAAAUUAUUUCUAGGUGCAAGGACUAAUCGGAAGGAAGUAGGAGAUAUGUUUAAGAUUGAAGUUGACCAGCCAGAUGAGUCUGAUUUGGAGGUUGGAGAGGAUGAUAGUAUAGGUGCCUUACUUUUGAGAAACAAGGAAUUUUCAGAUAUCAAAUUUGAGUUGAUCAAUAAUGGAGUAGGGACAGAAAUUAAGGCCCAUAAGGCCAUAAUGGCCUUAUGCUGCACAACUUGUAAGGAUGCCUUCAAGGACUGGGAAAAUUGUGUCAAGAAGAAGUUUUAACAACCUUAAGAUGAGACACCAGAAGAUGAGAGAGUCAAUGGAGAAAUCCCAAAAGACGAGUUUGUCCUCCGAUUCCGAAAGAGUUCAAUCCGAGUGAUCACAGUCAGCAGUUAUAGAUUGAGAUGAAGAUGAAUUCUUGAAAAAGCUUAAUCAACCUCAGAAAAUUAAGCUUAAAUGAAUCGAUCCUAAGAGCAUGAGGAAAUUUUUGAAAUUCUGAUACUUAGGAAGACUAUCCAUGGAAGAACUUGAAAAGUACGAAAGCGACUUAUUCUCACUUGGUGAUAGACUCGGAUGUUGAAAGAUUUUUGAAGAGCUUGAUAAAAUACCUGUCAAACUUCCAAUCCAAAUAUCGACUUCUUUGAAGGCUCUCUUAAACCCCCAAGCACCUGAUGAAAUAAAGCAGGCGGCACUAGAUCUCUUCCAGAUGAAGUCAGGGAAUAUUCUAUCAAAACUGAAUCUUGGGUGCAACAAGAAGCGGAUUCAUAAGAACAUUAAGAAAUUUGAGGAACUUUUGCAAUUGGAUGAGCUCUCACUAGAUGAAUCUACUAUUCUUGACAUAAUCUUAGAGCUUCCCAAAAUUAUAGGGAUUAAGAGAAGGAAAGAGCAGAAGAAGUUUGUAGAUAGGCUAAUCGACUGAGUCCGUUGGACAAGAGUUGGAAUGAAAGGAUACAUCAAAGCAUACCAAUCUGACCUUGUCCGGCAUGAUAUUAUACAAGAGAACGUAGUUUCCUGUAUUAAAAGAUCAGCUGUUGGAGGUGAAUAUUAUGGCCAAUACGGGCUUCCAAGAUGUACUUUUAAGUCAGUCAAUUCUGAGAUAUCCACAGUCAAGCAUAACCUAAAAAUUUUUGUAUAUAGCGAGUUUGCAAAAGAGAAUAGGAAAGCUUUCAAAUUUCACAGCAAUCCGAAACCAGGAGAGAUGGUGUGCUUCCAGUUUAGAAGAGAUUUCAAAAUGGCUAAGGUCAGAAUCAUCAGCCAAGGCUAUGCAGAUGCGAUGAUCUCAAUCGAAGGUAGCCAUGAUGAGAAGAACUGGACGAGAAUGAGUAUCUUAAGGCACACCAAGGACUCAUGUGAGAUUGAAUGGCCGCCAAAAUACCAAUUCAGAUACUGGAAGAUCUCCACAAUAGAAGGGCCUAACAUGAAAUGAUGGUUUAGCUACGUCGAAUGGUUUGUUAAGAGUCUUGAUUUCGUAGAAGAUCCAACUUUCGAGCCUGAAAACGACAGAGACAGAGAUAAUACAGAAAUUGAUUCAGGAGAGGAACAAGACCAAGAAGAUGAUGAAGAUAACCAAAAUAACCAAACCGACCAGGAUCAAGGCCAAGACCAAGAUGAACAGAAGGAACCUGAAGAAGACAUAGAGGCUGAUGAUGAGAGGAAUGAUCAGAGUGACUCAAAUCAAGUCCCACCCAAAAACGAUAAAGAAGGUGGAGAAAAUAAAUAA